UGUAAUCCACAUGGCUGAGGGAAUAAUUAGCAUAUGAAUGGGGAAUUCAAUUAGAGUGGUGGCGGGGAGAGAUAUAAGUAGGACGGGAAGAGGGAGAGUGUAGUAGCUGAAUUUUGAUAGAGAAUUGGGAGAGUUAGGGCCUCUCGAAUGCCCUGUUUCAUUCUUGUUUUCUAUUGAAAGGAGUUGGGAACUAUUAAUAUUAGAUUGUUAUUGGAAUUCUAUCGAGGUUCCUAUCAAUUUGGUAUCAGAGCCAUUCCGAACCUGAUGGUGAACUUGACGGAGAGAGUUAGUGAGUUGGAGUCAAAUAUGGAAGGCGUACAAAGGGGAGUUGAAGAUGUUAGAGGAAAUGUCCAAGUGGUGGAGCGCAAUGUAGCGAUGAUGCUGGAACAGUUUGCCUUCAUGCGAACGAAGUGGGAUGAGCUGGAGCGGGAGAGGAAGAACAAGUCCAAGGAGCGAGAAGGACCUUCGGAAUUCACCAUGGAUUUCGAAGUAACCCCUGGAGUUGUGGGGGGUUGCGACUCAGAGGGGGGUAUCGGGGGCGGGUACCCGUCGGACUUACGUGGAAGACGAUUGGAGAUGCCCAUUUUCGAAGGAGAAAAUCCGGAUGAGUGGAUCUUUCGAGCCAAAAGGUAUUUUGCUGUCAACCAACUAACGGACGAGGAGAAGAUAGAAUCUGCAGCCCUGUGUUUCGAAGCAACAGCACUGUCUUGGUUUCAAUGGGAGACAAGGCGAAGAGGAAUUCGGAGUUGGGAAGGCUUGAAGCAAGGAAUUCUAGGCCGGUUUCGCCCCACUCAGGAGGGGUCGCUAGAGGAGCGUUUCUUGGCUCUUCGGCAGGAGGGAUCGAUGAAGGAGUACCGCUUGAAGUUUGAGACCAUGGCCGCGGCAAUGCCUGAUGUUCCUGAGGCGUUUUUGGAAGGCCAAUUCCUCAACGACCUCAACCCAGAGAUAAGAGCUGAGAUCAGGGUGUUACAACCACGGGGGCUCAAUCGAAUUAUGGUGGUGGCCCAAAACAUUGAGGACAAGAACGUAGCUCUUUAGAAUUGCCAUCGGGCAACUGGACCAACCAGGAGCGGUUAUUCCACAACAACCGUGAUCGCGAGUCGGAUGUCACCAGUUCCAGCGAAGAGUUUGGGUUCCUUCCAAAAGUUCGUAAAUCAGCCAGGCCCUAGGUUUCACCCUGCUGGAAAUGGUGGCAACCUACCUUUCAAGAAGCUUAGUGAGGCUGAGUGGAAGGCAAGGCGGGAGAAGGGCCUUUGCUUUCGCUGUGAUGAGAAAUACUCGAUUGGCCAUAGGUGCAAGAACAAGGAGCUCCAAGUGUUGAUGAUCUAUGACAAAGAAAUGGGCGAGGCUGCGGCAGAAGAAGAAGCAGUGCAGGGGGGCGAUGAAGGGUUGGGAUAUGGGGGAGAGGUGAUUGAAUUAUCCAUGAAUUCGGUGGUGGGAUUAACUACACCUCAAACGAUGAAGCUAAGGGGACUCAUAGAAGGGUAGCCGAUGGUAAUUCUGGUGGAUGGCGGAGCAACUCACAACUUCAUCGCAUCCGAAUUGGUGCAACGCUUGAGUUUGCCGAGGACAGAAAUGGCUGGGUAUCGGGUGAUAAUGGGAAUUGGGAUGGCUGUACGAGUAGGAGUUUGCAAGGGGGUGAAAUUGACACUUGAUAACCUGCAGAUAGUGGAAGAUUUUCUUCCCCUUGAGUUAGGAAGUUCUUAUGUCAUUCUUGGCAUGAAGUGGCUGGCUUCGGUGGGGAAGAUGAGUCUGGAUUGGAGGAAUCUGACCAUGAAGUUUCCAGUGGGGGGAAUGGCAGUGACAUUGCAGGGUGAUCCUAGCUUAAGUAAGACAUUAAUCUCCCUAAAAGCUAUAAUGAAGGCGUUUAAAGAGGAUGGGGAGGGAGUGCUGCUGGAAAUUGGAGAGGUGGCUGCCAAGUACAAUGAAUUGCAAGUGGGACUGCCCCGAGUUUGGAGGAAUUAUUGGCCGAGUUUGAAGGAGUUUUUUCCAGCCCGGAGGGAUUGCCACCCACCAGAAACAAAGACCAUGCCAUCAAUCUCCUACCUGACACUUCCCCGGUUAGUGUUCGGCCUUACCGCUACCCGUAUCUUCAAAAAAUGAGAUUGAAAAGAUGGUACGUGAGAUGUUGGUAGCUGGUAUUAUUAAACCAAGUGUCAGCCCCUUUUCCAGCCCGGUGUUGCUCGUUAAAAAGAAUGAUGGGGGAUGGAGGUUUUGUGUAGAUUACUGGGCUGUCAACAAGGUAACAGUUCCCGACAAGCUUCCUAUUCCAGUCAUCGAUGAGUUGCUGGAUGAACUACAUGGCGCGAAUGUUUUUUCGAAAUUGGAUCUCAAAUCUGGUUACCACCAGAUUCGAGUCAAGGCUGGAGACAAACCAAAGACCGCAUUUCGAACACAUGAGGGCCUAUGAAUUCCUCGUCAUGCCCUUCGGAUUAACGAAUGCCCUGGCCACCUUCCAAUCUUUAAUGAAUGAUGUAUUCAGAGAGUAUUUGCGUCGGUUUGUGUUGGUAUUUUUUUGAUGAUAUUUUAAUUUAUAGCCAAAAUUUUGACCAACAUUUGCAGCACUUGCGUUGUGUGCUGAAGGUGCUGGUUGCAAAUUAGUUGUUUGCCAACAAGAAGAAAUGUUCCUUUGGGCAGUUGGAGGUUGAAUAUUUGGGCCAUAUCAUCUCCCAACAAGGUGUGUCGGCUGAUCGCUGCAAGGUACAAGCCAUGUUGGAUUGGCCUGCGCCUACUACCUUUAAGGAAUUGAGGGGAUUUCUUGGUCUUAUGGGGUACUAUAGAAGGUUCGUAAAGGAUUAUGGCAAGUUGGCGUGGCCCCUCACCGAGAAACUAAAGAAGAACAAUUUUCGUUGAGAUGGAGAGGCUAAACGAGCAUUCCAGCAACUCAAAACAGCAAUGGUGUCGCUGCCAGUUCUAGCACUACCGGACUUCGAUCAGCCCUUUAUAAUUGAGUCCGAUGCUUUAGGGCAAGGGUUAGGGGCGGUGUUGAUGCAGAAUCUUAGGCCGAUUGCAUACUACAGCCAUGCUCUUAAACCAUCGGAGAGGAAAAAAUCGGUUUACGAAAGGGAGCUGAUGGCCAUGGUGUUGGCAGUCCUGAAAUGGAAACAUUAUCUCUGGGGAAGGAAGUUCAUAGUAAGGACAGACCAAAAAAGCUUGAAGUUUUUGUUUGAGCAGCGAAUGGUGAGCUCGGAAUAUCAAAAGUGGAUGCUGAAACUGAUGGGCUUUCAUUUUGAGAUACACUACCGGCCGGGGUUGGAAAACAAGGCUGUAAAUAGCCUUUCGAUAAUCAAUCACCCAGCAGCUCUAUUCGCACUAACGGUUCCAAAGGUGGUGCAACUCGAUCAGCUGGAACAAGAGGUGGCGAAAGAUGCUUAUUUACAGAGCAUCAUAAGGAAGUUACGGGAGGAUCCGGCUUACAGCUCAAAUUUUCAGCUGGUGGGUGACCAGCUCCUUUAUAAAGGGCAGUUGUUCCUGUCUAAGGGUUCUUCCCUAAUUCCAUUGGUGCUCCAUGAGGGUCAUGAUGGCAGUGUAGGGGGUCAUUCCGGGUUCCUGAAGACAUAAACAAAUUGCAGCGAGUGUUUAUUGGGCUAGUAUGAAGCGGGACAUACGCCAAUAUGUGGGAAAGUGUGACGUUUGCCAGCAAAAUAAGUAUGAGUCUUUAACGCCGGGGGGUCUUUUACAGCCUCUUCUGGUUCCUGGCCAGAUUUGGGAUGAUAUAGCCAUGGAUUUUAUUGAGGGGUUACCGAGAUCGAGCCAUAUGAAUUCUAUACUUGUGGUUGUAGAUAGACUCAGCAAAUAUGGCCACUUCAUUGGUCUUAAACACCCAUUUACAGCAGGAGCAGUAGUUGGUAUUUUUGUAAAAGAGGUAGUGCAGCUGUAUGGUAUGCCUCGGACUAUUGUUUUGGAUAGAGACAAAGUGUUUAUGAGCCGUUUUUGGGAGGAGUUGUUUCGACUUCAAGGUACUAAGCUUAAUCGUAGUAUAGCCUACCACCCACAAACAGACGGGCAAACGAAGGUCCUCAACAGGACCCUAGAGACGUACUUGUGCUGUUUUGCAUUAGCAAGACCUAUGGGGUGGUAUAUGUGGCUGCCAUGGGCUGAAUUGUGGUAUAACACAUCAUACCACACUGCUUCAAAGGUUACUCCCUGCCAAGCUGUUUAUGGGAGGGAACCACCAACCUUGAUCAGGUUUGACAAGGGGUCAACCCAGGUAUCUGCAGUAGAACAGCAACUGUUGGAGCAGGAUUUAGCAUUGGAAGAACUCAAAGACCAGCUAGUAAGAGCUCAAGCAAUCAUGAAGAGGGGGGUGACCGGAGAAGAAGGGAUGUGCAGUUUGUGUUUGGUGACUUCGUCUACUUGAAACUAAGGCCGUAUAGAAGGAAGUCCCUAGCUGCCCGCCCUAAUGAGAAGCUGGCUCCUAGGUAUUAUGGGCCAUUUGAAAUUGAGCAGAGGGUGGGAUCGAUGGCUUAUAAACUUAAACUACCAGCCCACUGCCAUGUCCACCCGAUUUUCCAUGUGUCCCAGUUGAGAGAGGCCGAGGGUGAGGUGGGAGCAAGGGUGCAAAUUCCCCUCCAGCUACAGGCUGACUUAGAAAUGAAGGUUGAACCAGAGGCGAUGCUGGGAGUUCGACCUGGAAAGGGUUCUAACUUACGCGGGCUGGAUAUCUUAAUCCAGUGGAAAGGCUUACCACCGUUAAAGGCAACUUGGGAGCCCUACAACAUGAUUCAGCAACAGUUUCCAGCUUUUCACCUUGAGGACAAGGUGAAAGUCCGGGAGGAGAGUAAUGAUAGGCUGCCGGUGCACCGAACCUAUCAAAGACGCAGCAAGCAGCCGAAGGCAUGAAGAUGGGAGUGGGGGGGGGGGGGGUCCGCACAUGCAGGUGUAACAACCAGCAUGUGCGCAUGGGACGGGUAGAAAUGUAAUCCACAUGGCUGAGGGAAUAAUCAGCAUGUGAAUGGGGAAUUCAGUUAGAGUGGUGGCGGGGAGAGGUAUAAGUAGGAGGGGAAGAGGGAGAGUGUAGUAGCUGAAUUUUGAUAGAGAAUUGGGAGAGUUAGGGCCUCUCGAAUGCCCUAUUUCAUUCUUGUUUUCUGUUGAAAGGAAUUGGAAACUAUUGAUAUUGGAUUGUUAUUGGAAUUCUAUCGAGAUUCCUAUCAAUUUGGUAUCAGAGCCAUUCGAACCUGAUGGUGAGUUGGAGUCGAAGACAUUAGAGGGAAUGUCCAGGCGGUGGAGCGCAAUGUAGCGGUGAUGCUGGAACAGUUUGCCUUCAUGCGAACGAAGUGGGAUGAGCUGGAGCGGGAGAGGAAGGCGUACUAAACCCAUUGUUCAAUUAAAUACCUAUGAUCUCGAUUGGCCCAUUGCACUUAGAAAAGGAACCAAAACUUGUACCAAACAUUCGUUACACCUAUUUCUUUCCUUUUCUAAGCUAUCACCUACCCACAAAGCCUUUCGUACCAAUUUGCAUACUAUUCAUAUUCCAAAAAAAAAAUUCUGAGGCUAUAGGGAAUAAGAAUUGGAAGGAUGCCAUGGAAGCUGAGAUGGCAGCCCUAGGAAAAAACCAAACUUGGGAUUUGGUAAAAUUGCCUAAAGGAAAGCAUCCAGUGGGUUGUAAAUGGGUCUAUAUCAUGAAAUAUAGGUCUAAUGGAUCUCUAGAUCGGUACAAAGCACGAUUGGUUGCCAAGGGAUAUACACAAGUGUAUUGGGUAAACUAUUUGGACACAUUUGCAUCGGUGGCUAAACUAAAUACAUUUAGAGUCCUCCUUUCUUUGGCUACUAACCUAGGUUGGCCAUUGCAUCAGUUUGACGUUAAAAAAUGUUUUUUUGCAUGGUAACCUAGAGGAAGAGGUAUAUAUGGAAUUGCCACCAAGUUAUGAGAUAGCCACACAAGGGCUAGUUGUAUGCAAACUAAAAAAAAGCCUUGUAUGGGCUGAAACAGUCCCCACGGGCUUGGUUUGGGAGAUUUACGAGUGUUAUGCUUGGCAUGGGGUAUAGACAAAACCAAGGAGACUAUACACUUUUUAUUUUAACAUUCGGCCACAGGGGAAGUAACUAUAUUGAUUGUGUAUGUAGAUGAUAUUGUUGUUAUCGGCAAGAAUAACGAGGGUAUGGCUCAAUUAAAAGAAUGUCUCUUAAAGGAGUUUCAAAUCAAAGAUUUGGGGAGAUUAAAAUAUUUCUUGGGAAUAGAGAUGGCUCAUUCUAAAGAAGGCAUAUUCAUAUCCUAGCAGAAAUAUGUGGUGGAUCUCUUAAAAGAAACCGGAUUGCUAGGCUGCAAAGCAAAGGACACACCCAUUGACCCAAAUCAUAAGUUGGGAGAAGCACUAGAAGAAAAUAUGGUUGACAAGGGAGACUGGUUGGGAAGCUAAUAUACCUGGCCCAUAUUCGACCAAAUAUAGCCUAUGUUGUAGGAAUGGUUAGUCAAUAUAUACACAACUUGAGAGAAGUCUAUCUUAAAGUUAUGUAUCGGAUACUCCAUUAUCUAAAAGGGGCACCUGGGAGAGGCAUUUUGUUCAAAAAUGGAGGACUUAUGACUCUUGAAGCCUAUGCAGAUGUUGACUAUGCAGGCUCUUUUGUAGAUAGGAGAUCCACUUCUGGCUAUUGUACUAUGUUGGGCGACAAUUUGGUGACAUGGAGAAGUAAAAAGCAAAAUGUGGUGGCUAGGUCAAGUGCCUAGGCCGAAUUUCGAUCCAUGGCUCUCGGUCUGUGUAAGUUAUUGUGGCUAAAAAUUCUGCUAAAUUAUCUUAGGAUUGAGUGGACCGCACCUAUGAAGCUCUACUGUGACAACAAGUCAGUAAUCAUUAUUGCUCAUAAUCCUGUUCAACACAACAGGACAAAGCACAUUGAAAUAGAUAGGCACUUCAUCAAGGAGAAAUUGGACAGUGGGCUGAUAUGCACACCAUACAUCUCAUCACAAGAUCAGUUAGCAGAUAUGAUAACUAAGGGUCUGCCUACACCAGUGUUUAACCAGAUGAUAAGCAAGAUUGGGAUGCAAGCCAUACAUGCCCAAUCUUGAGGGAGAGUGUCAACAACUAGGGUUUCCCUGGGUAACAGGUGACGGCAGCUAGGGUAACUUGGGAAAGACGACGGCUAGUAUUGAUGGAAGGUUUCAAUCAAUGUUAAUUGAUUGAUGAUUGAUUGAUUGUCUAUACUUUCUAAAAGUAGAAUUGUAUCUUAUAGAUUAGUAUAUGUUUCCUAAUUUGUUUGUAUCCUAAAAUUGUAUAGUUCCUAAUCUAGAUUUAGAAUUCUUUCCUAAGCUAGUUUUAGUAACUUCCUAAUCUUGUAAAGAGUCUUGUAUAAAUCAAGCUCUACCCAUGAGUAAAAAAUAAGAUAGAAAGGAUUGUCUUUCUCCUAAUUCUUGACAAUCAUAGGUUGCCCUCCCAAUUUCUUGCCUCUUCUCUCAUCUUUUGUAGCUGGAAAAGUCACCAUGGCAGAUCACAAGAAUAGGAAGUCACUAGAGGAUGGCCAGAGCUCUCAUGUACCAAGGGGUUCCAGCAAGUAAAGUCACCCAACAAUGAAACCCAUAGUGCAUGAUGGCACGUGGUUAACCAGACAAGCUAGGGGUAGGUGGUCCCCCUGAUGGCCACCCCCUCUCAUUCUCCCUCUGGUUUGGUAUUCAUGGCUUAGCAGGGCAGCUGAGAGUGACACCCAGUCUAUAAUGUUAUUUCUCUCUGAAAUUCUGGUUUGCUGCUUUCUUUGGGCUAUUAAUGGUUAUUAUGUUAUGUCGUUAGUUUAGUUUUUAUUCGUUCUUUAUUUGCUUUAUAAUAUAUCACAUUUUUAAAAAUUAUUUUCGUAUUUUUUUCUACUGCUACAACAGAUGGAUUUUGAAUUUCUUUCAUUAAGUGGAAAAAGAUCUAGCCUGAAAAUACAGUUUUUUGCAAAAUCCAGAAGAUGGAUUUUCGAACAUUAUCCAUUUUUUGGCAAGAUUCUAAAGUUAUUUGUUUGAAAAUUACAACAAAAAAAACAUACCAAAUCUUUAUCACACCAUGCAGGGUCGUCCUUAUGAAUUAUCUUUCUAUUUCUAUCUAUGGCUUUAUCUUUUUUAAGGCCCAUAUAAUUAAUAUCAAAGUCUUAUAUACAUUAUUUGAUGAUCUUUUUUAUGUUGAGCAUGUUUAUUAAUUUUUUGGGGGGUCAAUUUAGCGCUUUGCUUCUCUCAUGCAAGCGCCUUUUGGGAACCUAGCACCUUAGGCAAUAUAAUGUAAUAGCGCCUCUUAAGGGCGCCUAUCACCUAUGACUACCUUGAUUUUAGCUAACUUUAUGGUAUAUUUGGGUUUUUAUUUCUAUUUUGUUAAUUUUGCUGAGGUGUUGGACAGAUUUAUGCAUCUUUUACCUGGUUUUAAUAAGCAAACACUUUGUUAUUUUCUCAUUUCGCUACAUAAAGCUUUAACAUGGUGCAUGGAUUUCCUUUCGACCAAGUGUAUUACAAUUGGUUUCGAUUACUGAUGGAGUAAUUUUGUAACAGAAGAAUCAAUAGCUUCAUAUUCUUGAACAUCUGUUGGCCUUGUGGUAGAAGUAAGUGAAUUCAGGCAUCCUGUAAAUGGAUAUACGAUAUCUCCCAUUUAGUGGAGUUUUGAGUUAUGAAAAGUGUUUGUUUGGAUGCAGUCUCAUUUUUUACUUUCUAAAUUGAAGCUUUAAAUUUGGUUCUGGAAACAGUUUUCUGGUAGCAAUAGUAGAUAUUUAAUUGUACACCAUUUCUGAAGAUAAAAUCCUAGGCUCACACAUUUGGAUUAAAUGGUUCCAGAAUCAAAGACCAGUGGAGAACCACUUUUGGUGAGUCCUAUUUGGGAUUAUGUCAAACGUCAUGUGUGACCCAAUCCCACAUUAGUAGUUUAUUGAGGAGGUUUUGAGUAUAUUACUUGGUCCCAUGAACCCAUAAGUCACCUUUAACUAACACUUUUAAGUGAGGACCUGUGGUGCUACAAGUGGUAUUAGAGCUAACCUAGGACCACUGUAUGGGUGCAAGGUAGGUCCUAGGAAAGUGUUCUGAAUUUAACUUGGGUUAAGUUGAUUGAUGUGGGAUUUCUCGCUUGGCGAGGAUGUCAGGUAUUAAAGGUGGGAGUUUGUCAUGACCCAUUUCUACAUUGUUAAUAUAUUGGGGAGAAGCUAGGUAUAUUAUUUGGGCCCAUGAACUUGUAAGUUACUUUCAGCUAGUGAGGACACGCGGUGUUGCAAUAUGCACAUUUGACAUUAAUAUUUCUAGUUUUCCACUCACCCCCCCCCCCCCAAAAAAAAAAAAAAUAAUAAUAAUAAUAAAUAGGUGUGUAUAGUGCAUGAGCCUUGGUAGCAAUAGUGAUAUUGGUCCCUUAGGUAAUGGCCACUCAAGAGGGGGGGUGAAUUGAGUGAUUAACUAGGUGUGAUUAUUCGUUCAAUCUUUAUGUUGUAUCUGUGCCAUUGCAAUCAACAAGACAAAUAUCAAAGCAAUAAAGAAUGAGUAAUGAACACAGCGAUAUAGUGAUUUAGUGUGUCACAAACACCUAAUCCACUCUCCCAAGAUUUCAACUACCCUUGGCGUUCCACUAAACCAAUCAACGCCAAGGUUUUCCCUUAGCAUACCUUGGUAACUACAUACAAACACCUAGAUUUUCACUAGAUCUAGGAAACCGAAACAAACCACACAAGAGUUUAAAGAUUACAGAUAUUGUCCUCACAGGGACACAAAUAAACCACGAAAUCAAAAUAUUACAAGGCAACAGUAAAAUAAUAAUCGAUUAUACCCUUAGUUGAUAGAGAUGAAAAAAUCAGUUUCCAAUGCUUCAACCUCCGACUGCCUUGGGCUCAUUAUUGAAUGUGUAAUAGGGCACACAAGUCUUGCGGAUCUUGGAUGUGACAAUGGAGAUUUUGAAAACUCUUUUGACAGCUCUUGGAAUGUUCAGAAUAUCAUUAAGGAGCCUUUAGUCCAAGCUUGAGUUGUAUUUAUACUCAUUAGGGUGACUUGCUUUUCAUUUAAUUUUUCUACCCGUUAGGCUCAAGUAGUCGACUAAGCUGAACUUGGAGUCGACUUACUUGGAUUUGAAGUCGACUAAUCUGGAUCCGGAGUCGACUUAUGAGGAGGUUUAGUCUACUAUUUGAAAACACUUCUUGGCCAAUUCGACUAAUGUGAUAGAACCUUUCUCAAUUGAUUGAAUUCAGCUCUUACAAUAAGAACUACCCAAUUACAGUAGCUUACAGCAAUGGAAAAUAGCAAUAGCAAGAAAAGAAAACAAAAGAAAUCAGGCCUAUUUGAGAGGGCCUCACUCUCCAACGGUUUCUUCAACAAUUUCCUAGAGCCUUCUCUCUCCUCCACCCUCCCUUUUUAUACCUCUCUCAUUCUGUUUCAGCCACGUGAAAUAAUACUCUCCUCUAACCAACUUCUGACUCUUUUGCCCCUAACCCAAUUUCCUUGAUUGCCCUUAUUGCUCCUCUCCUUUUACGCCUUUGAUAGGUGAGACUAAUGGGAGUCCUAACAGUACUCCCACCCACAAGUUUCACCUUGUCCUCAAGGUGAAAUUCUAGAAAUUGAUGCAAGAUCUACUUAUAGGGUUCCCAAGUGGCCUCUAGGGAUGGCAACCCCUUCCAUUGUAUCAGAACCUUAAGGCUCCAUAGAUUUUUUCCCCAACCCGACCUUACACCCAACAAAAAUUCUGGUUGUACCUUCAAUUCCCACUCAACUGUUAGUUGGUCAAGAAAUUCAAUUAUUUCCCACACUACUCCCUCUGCUUUGCGAAGUUGGGAGACAUGGAAUACGGGAUAAAUUGCACAAGAAGGUGGUAAGAACAGCUUGUAGGCCACCUUCCCAAUCCUUUUCUCUACUACAUAGGGCUCGUAGAACUUAGGUGACAGCUUCUCAUUCAUCUGAGUAGCCAAGUCUUUUGCCAGUAGGGACGAAUUUUAACAUAAACCAGGUCACCCACCUUGAAUUCCACCUCCCUUCUCUUUUUAUUUGAUGUCUCCUUCAUCCUCGCUUGCGCCCGCAACAGUUGGGACUGCAGCUCUUCCAAAACAGAAUCUCGUUCCAACAACUAUUGUUCAAUCAUCGAAACAGCAGUAGUGCCUUUCUCGAACCUCAACAGUAGGGGAGGUUCACGCCCAUAAACUAUCUGGAAUAGAGUCAAUUUAGAGGAGACAUGGAAAGAAGUGUUGUACCAAUAUUCCGCUCAUGGCAACCAGCUACACCAUGCCUUGGGCUUGGAGGAGGAAAAGCAUCGAACGUAUGUCUCCAAAGUGCGAUUUAGGACCUCCGUUUGGCCAUCGGAUUGCGGGUGGUAGGCUGUGCUUCUUCUCAAUUUAGUGCCUUGCAACCUGAAUAACUCCUCCCAAAAAUGGCUAACAAAAACUUUAUCUCUAUUGGAAACUAUUGAACUUGGAACCCUAUGUAAUCGGACUAUCUCCUUCUCAAAAAUCCCAGCAACGCUACCUGCCUUGGUUCACAACCACCAAGAUAGUAUCCAUACCAGCUGACUUAGGUAACUCUUCGAUGAAAUCCAUGGAUACAUCUUCCCAAACUCGACUAGGAACCGGAAGUGGCUGCAGCAGUCCACCAAGUGAUAGAGCCUCAUAUUUAUUUUGCUGGCACAGUUGACACUGCUGAACAUAUUGCUGGAUGUCUCUCUUCAUUCCCACCCAUUACACAUUGGCGGCUACCCUCUUAUAAGUCUUAAGGAAGCCGGAAUGACCCCCAACCAGUCCAUCAUGGCCUUCCUUUAGCAUUAACGGAAUUAAUCCCGACCCUUUAGGAAGAUACAGCCUUCUCUUGAAUAGCAAAUGGCCAUCCACCAGCACAUAGUUGGUUCUGCUAGAAGGAUUUGCCUGUAGCUCUCUAACAAUCUGUUGGAGUGUAGUAUCUCCUUUCACCUCCUCUUUGAGUUGGUCUAGCUGCACUAUUUGGGGAAUGGAAAGUGCCAUCAAAGUGGCGAAAGAAGGGAGGCGUGAGAGAGCAUCAGCUACUCGAUUCUCCAAUCCGGGACGAUAUUGAAUCUCAAAGUCGUACCCCAUUAGCUUCAUGAUCCAUUUUUAACACUCCGGGCUAUCCAUCCGCUACUCCAUAAGAAAUUUAAGGCUUCGCUGAUCUGUUCUAAUAACAAACUUAUGCCCAAGUCGGUAAUGUCGCCAUUUCCUCACUGCAAAUACUAUUGCCAUCAAUUCCCGCUCAUACACCGAUCUCACUCGACCCGUAGGGCUUAGGGAAUGGCUGAAAAAAACAAUUGGUCGUUGCUACUGCUUCAACACUGCCCCUAAUCCUUGCCCUGAUACAUCAGUUUCAACAAUGAAUUCUCUCAAAAAAUCUGGCAAAGCCAACACGGGCAGAUUGGUCAUUUUCCCGUUUGAGGGAUUGAAAAGCCUGCUCUGCCACUUCAUCCCAAAAAAAAUUACCCUUCCGGAGGCGGUAUGUUAAUGGUCGUGCCACCUUCCUAUAAUCCUUCACAAAUCUCCGAUAAUACCCUGUAAGACCCAAGAAUCCUCAAAGUUCACGUAAGGAUUUGGGGCUGGGCCAUUCCAUCACCGCCUUAACCUUAGAGUUAUCCGCAGCCACCCCGUAUUGAGAGAUGACGUGCCCCAAAUACUCAAUCUCCCGCUACCCAAAUUGACACUUCUUCGCAUUGGCGUACAACCGGUGGACUAUUAGGAGCCUCAACACACAUCUCAAAUGUUUCUUAUGUUCAACCAUAUCCUUACUGUAAAUCAGAAUGUCGUCAAAAAUACUAACACGAAGCUCCUCAAAUGCUCUUUAAAGACCUCGUUCAUCAAAGAUUGGAACGUAGCGGGGGUGUUUGUUAGCCCAAACGGCAUAACCAAAAAUUCAUAAUGCCCCUCAUGUGUGCGGAAUGCAGUCUUAGGAACGUCAUUAGGUGCUACUCGAAUCUGAUGAUACCCCGAUUUCAAAUCCAACUUGGAAAAAAUAGCAGCCCCAUUCAACUCAUCCAAAAGUUUUUCAAUAACUAGAAUUGGAAAUCUAUCGGGAACAGUUACCUUGUUUAAAACUAUAUAGUCAACACAAAAUCUCCAGCCACCAUCCUUCUUGACCAGUAAUGCCGAGCUGGAAAACGGACUCACACUUGGCCGGAUAAGUCCAGCUGCCAACAUUUCUCAAACCAGCCUUUCAAUCUCGUUUUUCUAAAGGUGGGGGUACCAGUAGGGGCGCACAUUCAUAGGUGACAGUCUCGGUUGCAAUGUAAUCAUGUGAUCCCCCGCCUCCAGUGUGGGGGGAAGCCCACACGGCUCCUCAAAAACAUGCCUAAAUUUUGCCAAAAGCUCUUGCAAGCUGCCAAGGACUGCCCAACCAACAUCUUCCUUUUGGGUAGUUAAACUCCCCAACUCCAACAACACCCCUUCUCCAUUCUCUCUAAAGGCCCUCAACAUUGACUUCAAUGUUACCAAAGUUUUGCUAAGGCUAGGAUCCCCAUACAGUGUGAUGGUAGUCCCCCUUGCUCUAAACUUCAUGACUAACGAGCCCCAAUCUACUUGUGUUUCCCCGAGAGUGCCCAACCACUUCAUUCCAAGGAUUACGUUCGAGCUCCCCAGCUCCAAUGGCAGGAAAUUUUCCACUACUUCCACAUUUUGCAACGUUAAGGUUACCCCUCUACACACUCCAACCCCCUAAACAGCCAUGCCCAACCCCAUGAUCACUCCAUAGCCUCUCAUUUGCGACCUGACCAGUCCCAGUUUCUGCACCAAUUCCGACGCUAUAAAGUUAUGGGAAGCCCCGCUGUCAAUGAGAACCACCACCUCCUGGCCUUCUAUUUCUCCCCUGAUCUUCAUGGUUUGUGGAGGGGUUAAACCCACUACCGAGUUGAUGGACAGCUCCAUUACUUCCCCUGUUUUGACGAUUUCACCUUCCUCCCCUGAAUUCUCCCCUGUUUUUGCUUCACCUAUAUCUUCCUCUUCCCCCUCUUGAAUUACCAUCACCUGUAGCUCCUUAUUCUUACAUUUGUGCCCAAUCAUAUAUUUCUUGUCACAACGGAAACACAACCAUAGUUAUCAAAGGUGCGAGGCGCCAGUUUGGCGCCUCGCCUGGGCUGAGGCGAGGCGGUUUUGGCAAGGCCCUCGCCUUGCGCGCCUAGGCGCUAGGGCGUGAGGCGCACCUAGGCGCGCCUCAUGAAACUUAGGUCUUCUAACUAAAUCUUGCAACCCAAUCGCUCCUCACUCCUCCCGACUCUAGCAUCCAGCCACGCUUGCCUCUCCUCUCCAGCUCGCUGCUCGCCCGAUCUUCCUCUUCCUCUCUAGCCCCAGCCGCGCCUGCCUCCUCUCUUCCUCUCCUCUCCAGCUCGCUCGAUCUUCUUCUUCCUCUCCUCUCCAACCGCGACCCCCCCCCCUCCUCUCUUCCUCUGCAGCUCGGCCUGAUCUUCUUCUUCCUCUCCUCUCCAGUCGCGACCCCCCCCUCUCUUCCUCUUCUCUCCAGUUCAGCUUGAUCUUCCUCUUCCUUUCCUCUCCAGCCGCACCUGCCUCCUCUCUUCCUCUCCUAUCUAGCCACGCCCACCUCCUAGCUUGUUAAUUUCCUCUCCAACCGCGCCCUUUUCCUCUAUUCUCCUCUGCCCACGGUCUUCUCCUCUCUUCCUCGCCUCUCUUCUCAUCUGCUCUUCAAGUUGAAGCUGCUAAGGCUGCCCACGGUCUUCUUCUCCCAUCUUGUAAGUUCUUUACUUGUUUUUUAUUUGUUUAUUUCUUGCAUUCUUGCCUAAUAUCUUUUGUUGGCAGCUGGUUGCUGAUCUCUCUUUUAAGUCUUUAUAGUUUAUUUCUAUCAUUAGGAGAAUUUUGUGGAAGUUGGAACUGUGUUGCAACAGCCCAAUAAAUGUCGUCAACCACUUCCAAAACGGACCCGGCAUGGAAUUAUUUUGAAGCUAAUCCUAAUGAUAGAAAUACCACCACAUGUAAAUUUUGUCGUAAAGUAACAAAAUGUGGUAUAUUUCGGGCGAAACAUCUUGUGGGUGGUUUUAGGAAUACUAAAGCUUGUCCAAAAUGUCCUCCAUCAGUAAAAGAAGAGAUUGGAGAGUACAUGCAAAAGAAGAAAAAUAACAGGGAUGAGCGAAAUAUAGCAUCAUUAGAUGAUGAUCUUCAAUUUGGUGAAGGAUAUGAUGAUGAUGAUGAUGAUGAGUCGCUGCCUCAAAGUAGAAAAAGACCCAAUGUAUCUACCGGAAGUGGAAGCGAUACUGGUAGUGUUGAUAGUGUUAAAGGGCCAACACAAAAGGGUCCACUUGAUGUUUUUCUUAAAGACCUAGAAGUUAAUGUGUUGAAAAGCAAGGGCAAAGGAAAGCAAACAAGGUUGGGUGAGCAUGAUUUUGCAAAAAAAGAGUUAAGAGCUCGAGUUUGUAGAAGCUUUGCACAAUGGAUGUAUGAUGCAGGCAUUCCAUUCAAUGCAGUGACGUAUGACAGUUUUAAAGUAUUUAUAGAAGUAGUUGGUCAGUAUGGUUCGGGUGUGAAGCCGCCUAGGUACCAUGAAGUCAGGGUUCCCCUUCUCAAACAAGAGGUGGAAGCCACUCGUGAAAUGAUGAAAGAUCGUGAAGAGGUGUGGGCCAAAUAUGGAUGUUCCAUUUUGUCAGAUGGCUGGAAAGACAAGAGGGAAAUGACAUUGAUUAACUUUUUAGUCAAUUCUCCUAAAGGAAGUAUGUUUUUGGAGUCUGUUGAUGGUUCUAGCUAUUCAAAGACUAAGGAAAAGAUGUUUCAAUUAUUAAGUAAAUGUGUGGAAAAGAUUGGAGUAAGAAAUGUGGUGCAAGUGGUCACCGAUAGUGCUUCAAACAAUGUUUUAGCAGGAAGAUUUUUGGAGGCAAAAUAUCCUACGUUGUUUUGGACACUGUGCAGCGCACUGCUUGGAUUUAAUGUUGGAAGAUAUUUUCAAGUUGCCUAAUAUGAAGAAGACAUUUGAGGGAGCUGUUAUGGUGAAUAGCUAUAUCUAUACUCGUUCGGGUCUAGUAAACAUGCUUAGAAAGUUUACUAACAAGAAAGAGUUGUUGAGGCCUGCAAAAACACGGUUUGCAACUGCCUUUAUCACUUUGGGCAGGAUGCAUAGUCUGAAAAGCAACCUUAGAAGGAUGUUUACCUCCGAGGAGUGGAUGACAAGCAAGUGGGUAAAAGAAGCGGGGGCUAAAAAGGUUGUAGAAGUGAUUUUGAUGCCUUCAUUUUGGAACAAUGUUGUAUAUGCUUUAAAGGUGGCUGCUCCAUUGGUGCGUGUAUUGCGCUUAGUGGAUGGUGAGAAAAUGCCUGCUAUGGGAUACAUAUAUGAGGCCAUGGAUAGGGCCAAAGAAGCGAUUGCUAACUCUUUUAAUGGGGAUGAAAAGAAGUAUGCACCCAUUUUUCAGAUCAUUGAUAAUCGAUGGGAUGUUCAGCUUCAUCGCCCCUUGCACGCAGUUGGUUGGUACUUGAACCCAGAAUAUUUCUACAAGGCUGAACGUAUAGAUCCAGAGAUCAUGACUGGCUUAUAUGAAUGCAUUAGAAAGUUAAAUCCAGAUGUAAAGGUUCAAGACCAAAUUGAUGCUGAGCUUUCGAUAUAUAACAAUGCAGAUGGGUUCUUUGGAAACUAUAUGGCUAUUAGAAAGAGAGCUGAGAAAUCACCAGCUGAAUAGUGGGCUUCAUAUGGAAUGUCAACACCCACGUUGCAAAAAUUUGCAAUUAAAAUUCUUAGCUUGACUUGUAGUUCAUCUGGGUGUGAACGUAAUUGGAGUGUGUUUGAAAAU